GGCGGGGCUGCGCCUCCACCCUGACCGCUCUGCGUGCGUGUUUCCCCGGCAACAAAAAUACCAACUCUGCCUCCCAGUCCCAGUGCGAGCCGGCUGCGGAAGCCAGAACAACCAGAGGCAGACGCUGCUGAGAUUUGAGAAUGACAGAGACUGUGACUGUUUUUGGUGCUGACAGGCAGCAGGGGAAUGCUGUUGCCACUGCCUUGCUGGAGGAUGGUGCUUUCACUGUGCGCGCAGUAGUGCGGGAGUUAACCUCUCCUACAGCUCAGCUGCUCCGGGCAGAUGGGGCACACAUCACACUGGCUGACGUUAAUGACCCAGCAAGCAUGGACUCUGCUCUGCUCGGUGCACAGAAGUGCUUUGCUGUCACGCACACUGACUUUAACAACAGGGAUCCGCUGCAGGAUGAAAUUCAGCAGGGAUACAGGAUAGCUGAUGCAUGCAAAAAGCUCAACAUCGGGCAUAUUGUUGUGAGUGGGGCUCAUCACGUCCACAGGAAGUACAGCCUCCCAGCCAGGCACAUGGAUGCAAAAGCCUGCAUUAAUGAUUACAUGAAUGAAAUAAAUUUGCCCAAGACCGAGAUAAUAGUUCCAUUUUACUUUGAAUAUUUUCUGACAAAAUUUAAACCAAAGCCAGUUGGAAAUAAUACUUACAAAAUUGCCAUUCCAAUGGGAGAGGUUGCCAUGGAUGGAAUGAGCAUCAAACAGAUUGGUCCAAUCGUGACAGUCUUAUUUAAAAACCCAGAGCGCUGGAUGCGGAAGAGCUGCUUUCUAUCUGCAGGCAGGCUGACAAUCCCGGAAUAUGCACAAAUCCUGACUCAUCACCUGCGUCCCAAACAGUUUAAAGAUUCCCGGAUUUCUGUCCGAGAGUUUGUGGAGUCCUAUGGAAGACCAGGGGCUCAAGACUUUGGGAAUAUGUUUGAAUUUUGGAAGAGAGGUGGACAGAAAAUGAAUAGCACUAUGAGCUUCGAACUCUAUCCAGAGUUACAAACAUUCCAGCAAUGGGUUUCAGCGAACACCAUUUCACUGGACAGUUAACUGGCAGUACCCAUGGCAGCCAGUCCUAUGGACGGAACAAAAUGCAUGUUUCUGAAAUGUUUCCACAAGACAUGAUGUGGGUCUCCAUUAAGCUUGUAUAGCAAAUACUCAAAAAUAAAGUUAAUAUUUUAGGCUCUUUUGA